AAUUCCUACGUGGCAAAUUAACAAAAAUCCACUCUCCUCCCCCCUCUGUGUAGCUGGGUUCUUCGAGAGUGCUCAUUACAAAUUUCCCGUUAAUUUAGGGUUUUAAUUUGGGGCAAAAGCGAAGAUUUUCAAUUUCUGGAUCUGAAUCGACUUGAUUUUCCUUCGACUUUGAAGAUUAUUUGGAGGAUGAACUGAUUAAUUUUAGAAACAAGUUUUAACAAUGGAGUCUCCGGUGGUAGCUGUCAAAGAGAACAAGCUAUUAAAAGGGGCUUUUGCCGUCGGCGGAAUCAUGAUUACCCUAGUCAUCUAUGGUAUUUUACAGGAAAAAAUCAUGAAAAUUCCGUAUGGGCAAAACAAAGAAUUUUUCACAUACUCACUAUUUCUAGUCUUCUGUAAUCGUCUUACGACCUCGGCUGUAUCUGCUGCUUCUUUACUGGCAAGUAAGAAAGCUUUGGAUCCUGUUGCCCCUGUUUAUAAGUAUUGCUUGGUCUCUGUAACAAAUAUCCUAACCACAACGUGCCAAUAUGAGGCCCUUAAAUAUGUUAGUUUUCCUGUCCAGACUCUUGCAAAAUGUGCUAAAAUGAUACCAGUCAUGGUCUGGGGUUCUAUAAUUAUGCAGAAAAGAUACAAGGGGCUCGAUUAUUUGUGGGCUGUCCUUGUGACCCUUGGAUGUUCUGUAUUUAUUCUGUAUCCGGGAGGAGAUGAUAUCAGCCUAUACAAGAAAGGGAGAGAGAGCACUGUUUGGGGUAUGUCCCUCAUGGCUGGUUAUCUUGGAUUUGAUGGAUUUACAAGCACAUUCCAAGAUAAAUUAUUCAAAGGCUACAAUAUGGAAAUACACAACCAAAUAUUUUACACAACAUUGUGUUCCUGUGUGCUAAGCUUGACUGGGCUUGUAUUGCAGGGUCAACUUCUAGCAGCUGUAGAUUUUAUUCACAGACACAAUGAUUGUUUGUACGAUAUUGCAUUACUUUCUACUGUAGCUACUGCUAGUCAAUUCUUCAUUUCUUAUACAAUUCGUACCUUUGGUGCUCUUACUUUUGCGACCAUAAUGACCACAAGACAGCUUAUCAGCAUCCUACUCUCAUGCCUGUGGUUUGCUCAUCCCUUAAGUCCACUACAAUGGGUUGGAGCAGUAAUUGUCUUCAGCUCACUAUAUGCGAAAAGCUUCUUGAGGAGCAACACUCAGAAAUCCACACCUCCAGCAGACGAACAAGAUAAAGAGUUGGCUCCUUUAAAGGGAAUCCCGUAAGUUGCAGGCAAUUUUCUUAAUCAUUGUUGUUCUGUCCCGUGUCUGGUUGCUAACUGACCCCAUAAUCGAAGAGCUCAGACGUGAUGCUUGUAGAGGGGACAUUUUUGGGUGAAAGUGGUAGUUAGUUUGGUAGCGGUAGGAAAUAUGACUAGUUGAUAUAUUUUGGCUUCUCUGAUUCUUUCCCUUAUUUUCAAAAAGAAAGAGGAACAGAGGUUAACUUAUUGUUAGAGCGAAUGGGAAUGUACUAUAAUUGUGAAAGCAAAAUUGUUUUGGCAAUUCAUCUAGUUUAAGCUAAA